AUGGAUAGACGACAAUGCGAAACACUAGCUCGCAAUGAUGUGAGAAGGGGGGUGAUCGUGAGGGAAGCGCGCAUAUUGAUUUAUGAGAAGGACCUUGCAGUCAGCAGUGCAGCUGUAGAAUGCAUUCUUAAAGAACAGUCUUGGGUACCAACCUUGGUGAAUUGUCUCGGUCCCUUGGGCUUCAAUAUCUUCUGUGCGCUUGUGGUAGAUUUGUUGCAUGAGUUUGAGAUAGGGGUCUGGAAGUCUCUUUUUAUUCACCUAUUGCAGAUCAUUACGGUGCAGGACAAAAGUCUCAUCCAUAUAUUGGGCCAGAGGUAUGGCGUGUUAUCACUGACUCUCGUCACCCUGACCAUUCUAUGCAUAGAUACAGGGCAACCCCAAUCCAACUCUUCGGAUAUGAAACGGAUGGCAGCUCGUGAUUUUGAAGAUCUCCUCCAGGUAUGA